ACAGGCAGCAUCACGCCGCACAAUGGUUUCCAGGCAGUGAAAGGGGGUGAUUCAGCAAGCUGCUCUUCUUUUAAAAAAUCUCCCCGUUCCUUUUGCUUUUUAUGGGGGUGGGUGGUGCUUCUUAUAUGCAUACCUUUUUCUUUUCUUUUUUCAUUUUUACAAAUUCUUUUUUUCCUCUCCUAUUAGUUCGUAGGGGCUUGAGUGAGUUUCAGAUUGGGUCUUCUUGGAAAUCACCUGCCUAUCAUUAAUUUUAAACAAUCUCCCCUCCUCCAAAGAAUCUCUUCCUUGUUGCAGUUUGGGAUGUGGUUAAUGAUAACAAAGUGAGGAGGAUUUCUGGGGCAAACACGGCCGGAUCAGGACUGUAGUUCUCAGACACGGAAUGGCUAGCGUGAGAAACAUCAACGGCAGGAGCAUCUCAGAUCUUGGUUAUGGUAACUCAUGCAAGAAGCUGUUGAACUAGACCCAUUUCCUAUAGAUGACAAACCUCAUAAGCAGUGGUAUUUAUGAGCCUCCAUUUCUUAUACUACUGCAGUGAACCAACCUUGGAUGUGAAAGUUGCCUUUUGUCAGGUGUGUGUUCCUUACAGGUAAAACAAGGCAAGACCAGGGCAUCUCAUCCUUGACUCUGGGGACCAGAAGUUUAUCUUAACCCUGUAAAUGCUUAAUAAAUACUUUCUGAAUGAAUGAACAGAAGAUAAAAACAGCAGAAAAGUAAAGUAAAUAAAAAUUUAAAAAGGAUUCGAUAAACAAGUGGAUGUGUCAUAUAUAGCCAAACAUUACAACAUGAGCAAAAGCAAAGUGGACAACCAGUUCUACAGUGUGGAAGUGGGAGACUCGACCUUCACAGUUCUCAAGCGCUACCAGAAUCUAAAGCCUAUUGGCUCUGGGGCUCAGGGGAUAGUGUGUGCUGCAUAUGAUGCUGUCCUGGACAGAAAUGUGGCCAUUAAGAAGCUCAGCAGACCCUUUCAGAACCAAACGCAUGCCAAGAGAGCCUACCGGGAGCUGGUCCUCAUGAAGUGUGUGAACCAUAAAAAUAUUAUUAGCUUAUUAAAUGUCUUCACACCUCAGAAAACGCUGGAGGAGUUCCAGGAUGUUUACUUAGUAAUGGAAUUGAUGGACGCCAACCUGUGUCAGGUGAUUCAGAUGGAAUUAGACCAUGAGCGGAUGUCGUACCUGCUAUACCAGAUGUUGUGUGGCAUCAAACAUCUGCACUCUGCUGGAAUUAUUCACAGGGAUUUAAAACCAAGUAACAUUGUAGUCAAGUCCGAUUGCACGUUGAAAAUCCUGGACUUUGGACUGGCCAGGACAGCAGGCACAAGCUUCAUGAUGACGCCGUACGUGGUGACACGUUAUUACAGAGCCCCGGAGGUCAUCCUGGGAAUGGGCUACAAGGAGAACGUGGAUAUAUGGUCUGUGGGAUGCAUUAUGGGAGAAAUGGUUCGCCACAAAAUCCUCUUUCCAGGAAGGGACUAUAUUGACCAGUGGAAUAAAGUCAUUGAGCAACUAGGAACACCAUGUCCAGAAUUCAUGAAGAAAUUGCAGCCCACAGUAAGAAACUAUGUGGAGAAUCGGCCAAAGUAUGCUGGACUCACCUUUCCCAAGCUCUUUCCAGACUCCCUCUUCCCAGCGGACUCUGAGCACAAUAAACUUAAAGCCAGCCAAGCCCGGGAUUUGUUGUCAAAGAUGCUAGUGAUUGACCCAGCCAAAAGGAUAUCUGUGGACGACGCCUUACAGCACCCCUACAUCAACGUUUGGUACGACCCUGCAGAGGUGGAGGCGCCUCCACCUCAGAUUUAUGACAAACAGCUGGAUGAAAGAGAACACACCAUUGAAGAAUGGAAAGAACUUAUUUACAAGGAAGUAAUGAAUUCAGAAGAAAAGACUAAAAAUGGUGUAGUAAAAGGACAGCCUUCUCCUUCAGGUGCAGCAGUGAACAGCAGUGAGAGUCUCCCUCCAUCUUCGUCCGUCAAUGACAUCUCCUCCAUGUCCACCGACCAGACCCUGGCAUCUGACACUGACAGCAGCUUGGAAGCCUCAGCGGGACCCCUGGGUUGUUGCAGGUGACUAGCCGCCUGCCUGCGAAACCCAGCGUUCUUCAGGAGAUGAGGGGAUGGCACACACACUCACCCACACACACGGACACGUACACACACACACACACACACACACGUAGAGACACACGUAGAGAAAUCAGCAAAGGAGAGAAUCCAAGCCUACAAUGGAAACCAAUCUUUUAGCCUGCUUCUUCUCCAAAGUUCUGUAUUGUAGCUAAGCUCAAAUGUAUAUUUAACUUCUAGUUGCUCUUGCUUUGGUCUCCUUCCAACAAUGCUUACUACAGAGAGCAAAUCAAACACAAAUUAGAGAAGCCUUUUCCAUAAAGUGUAAUUUAAAUGGCUGCAAAACCAGCACCUGUACCUGCCCUUUCAAAUGGCAUGCUGAGGUGUGCAGUGGCCCCAUCCAGCAUGUGUGUGUCUCUAUCUCGCAUCUACCUGCUCCUUUGGCCUAGUCAGAUGGAUGUAGAUACAGAUCCGCAUGUGUCUGUAUUCAGACAGCUCUACUUAGAGAUGCUACUGUCAGUGUCCUCAGGGCCCUACCAAGACAUCAUGCACUGGGGUACCACAUGGUCCAUUUCACGUGAUCUAUUUACUCUGACAUAAAUCCGUCUAUAAUAUAUUGCCAGUAUAUAAGCUGUUUAGUUUGUUAAUUGAUUAAGCUGUAUGUCUUAUAAGAAAACAUGUAAAGGGGGAAACAUGGGGGGAGUGAGCUCUCAGACCUUGAAGAUGUAGCUUCCAAAUUUGAACUGAUUAAAUGGCACCUGUAUACCAAUUUUAGAAAGAACAUAUGUGAUGCUUAUGUACAGUGCGUGGGGGGAGGGGUAGCUUUGAGGCUCUAACUGGUUCGGCCUUUAGAAUGAAGGUGUGAAUAGUGGCUGACAGUGAACAGGAAGCAGGGACUAGAGAGUGCUGUUGCAGUGUGGAUAAGAACAGAGGAGACGAUUGCACAGAGGCCAGGAGACACUGAUGUCUGUAUUUUAAAGAGCAGAGCCCAUUUUUCAUUUCUAAAUUCCAUGUCACAGCAGGAGGCUACUGGAGAGAGUGCAGGUGUGGUGGGUCACUGUGUUAACAUUGUACAGUGAGAAUCCUUAACACAUGAGUUCCUUAACAGAAAAGGCGCCUGCCCAAGUGACUCAGACAGUGGGCUGAUUUUUCCUGGGUGGGCUGCUUCUCAGGUUCAUGGUCUGCCAAGGUUUUAUUCUGAGAAGAAACAUUGCUUUCCUCUUCUAGAAUAAAGUUAAUUAAUUUAAAUAAAGCCCCCAAAGCACAUCUCCAAAGACAUCAUUGUUCCUCAGGAGUUGCCCUGACUCCUUAAUAGGACUGCUGUUUUGUGUUUACUUAUUUAUUUCAUGAAUUUGAACAAUCUAAGAAGGGCUGAUAGUCUGAAUUUUGUACUACAGUAGAUGUGAGAGCAAUAACUCUGCCCCUAAAUCACUGCUGCGAAAUCACACUAGCAAUAUGAGUUUGUCUUAAAGCCAUGAAGCAUAAUGCCAAUGUUUAGUGCAAUCACCUGAAUUUAACUUAAAUCAAGUGAAAGUGCUUUCUCGGGCACUUCAGGAGGGACUGUGAAACAUGGAGGUUAUCUGACAGGGCCAUCCCAGCAGGACUUCUCAGCAAUAAUGGCACCAUGCUAGGCUUCCCUUCUUACUCACUUUGGUGAAGUAUCUAUCACUGUUAUUUGCACUCCGGCCACUUUGGUGCUCACCAGUGUGGUGGUAUUCACCUGAGGAAGAAGUAAAACAUGGAAGGGACGGUUGAUGAGUGUGAUAUGAUCAGCACGUGGGAACCCCUCAGAAAUAAAGCAAACAAGAACAUCAGUGCUCUGAAAAUGGCCUUAAACCCAACGGCAGGGAUGCUCCAUCUCUUUUGAAGCAAUAGAGUCCAUAGGGAACUGCACCCACUCCCACCUCCACCUGAGCAGCCACUGUUAAGGGAUUGCUUCACUCGGUAGGGUUCAUUGCAAGAGGUAACUUGUUUAAAAUGCAGGGAAUACCAGAUUGUGCAGCUUGUCCCCUGGAAUAAAAAUAUCCUACUCUCUCUCUUGCUACCAUUCUUUUUGGUGAAUAUUGCAGACUUUUAAAAAAUGUCUCCUCUUUCACAUGUGUCUUCUCACUUUUUCCUUGUGUCAUAGUCCAGGUUUGUUGAACUUCCCUUCUCUGUAUCAAUAUUCUCUCUUUUCUCUAUACUCUGCUCUUGAUAUAUCUGGGGCCUCUUCACUCCUCUCCACUCCUCUGCUUUAUACCAUGCAGGCCUAAGUGCAGAGGUCAGGCAGCAGCUUGAAAAGAACCCAUCUAAGGGGAAUUUCAUGAGGUCCAUGAGGACAAGAGGCAAAAGGAAAUCUCCGCAGCAUCUCGGAAGCUUUGACAGUCAGGCUGUCUCUCAUGUCUGCUCACCUGGUCAUUUAUUUCCUCAGAGUAGACCAGUCAAGAACUACACAGUUCCAGGUCCUUGCUGUUGGUGCCUUCCCUGGGACCUCCUCCUCAUAUAUUUCCUUUUGCAUGACUCUUGGGGGCCUUUAGUCAGUGGUCCCCUAUGGACGGGAAAAAAAGAAAGAAACAAAUCCCUUGGAUUUACAUAGCAUUUACAAAUAGAGGUAAGAAUUUGAACUUCUGGCAGGAUUAAUUUUCCUAGGUGAUCAAAGCAAGAUAUACUGGGAGAUGGGACAGCCAAGAGAAUUACCCCUUUAAAAGCCUGUUGUCCUUCAGGAUCUUAGGAGGCUUUUGUUAUAAUAACUUUUAAAAAAUGGUUAUGAUAAAAUUCAGAAUAGAUUAUGUCCAGCAUUGAGUUUUCUUAAGGAGCAAAACCACCACAAUAUUCCCUAUAUAGUCACUUGUUAUUUCCAAAGGAUGUUCUUACAUUCUGGGCAGAAAUGGCAAGUCAUCCAGGCCAUAUUUCUGGAAAAAGGGAAGGUUCUGCCUCUGGUGGGGCUCACUUUGGAAUACGAGUUAGCACUCUGAGGAGUCUAAGCUUCUGUCCUCUCCAUAGGCCACUGGCUUCACAGGGAUCCUUGAUAAAAUGUGCUGUAGUUUUCCCCAGAAGGGAUGGGUGUGUACGCAUGUGCAGGACCAAUUAAAUUGUUAUGAGAACUCAG